AUGGUGAGGAUGAGUUUCAGCUGUGUGAUGAACGCCGCUCCAAUCUUGUUUCUUUUGGUUCUUGCUGCAUUAGUUUCGGCCAAGUCAGGAGACGUAAAGGAGUUACAGAUCGGUGUGAAGUACAAGCCGGAAUCUUGUGAAAUCCAAGCUCACAAGGGUGAUAGAAUCAAAGUACACUAUCGGGGGAAACUCACAGAUGGGACAGUUUUUGAUUCCAGCUUUGAAAGGGGUGAUCCAAUUGAGUUUGAGCUUGGUAGUGGUCAAGUGAUCAAAGGUGUCCCAUCCGGUGGGCCUUAG